GAUUAAAGAACAGCCCGCCUGAGCUCAUUGUUCCUGCAGGUGUUUGUUGAGGCAAAGUCGUUUACUAUGGCUGCUUUGGUAUGUACAUAUUGUAUGCAUAUAUGUUUUGAUAUUUAUCGCUGAUGUAUCAUAUGUUUUGUGUUAAUAAACAAACAGAAAUGUAACACACAAAAAAAGUGACGACUGGUUUAAAAAUAGACGGCAUUGCAUUAAGUGUCUAUAUUUCUAAGAAAGCAGUUCAGUAGCUCGAUUGCCUCUUUCUCGGAAUCGUGAUGUGUUUUCAGAAGCAUACGUCACGUCCGCAUCUUAACCUUGAACUGUAAAGACUUUUAAAAGAUGUAAUUAAUGCUUGGUAAAAUUUUUAAAGAAUCAUUUUUUUAAAGUUUUCACCUAAUAUUCUUUUAGUUCUUGAAAACCAUUGUCUCAAUAAGAUACUUCGGAUGACAUUUCCAUGAAGUAGUUGACAGUGGUCUUUUUAAAUUCCCAUAUCUUGCAAGCAGUGUCUCAAGCUCAAUCUCAAGUAAUAUAGAGAUGAACUGCAGGAGCCCCUAAAUAAAACCCUAAGGUUCUUGAAAGCUAUAAACAACGCGCCUUCUAUAUCAUCGCUACAUUGACAAUAGACAGUCACACGAACCAGCUUGCAUCUAGAAUGCAUGUGUCUUGGUCCUUGAAGGUGUAAACAGCGAGUUCCGCGUCAAAUGAAGAGACACAUGUCCUAAAAGGGAUAACAUCAGACAAACGUUACUAUUUUAGCCUACAAAAGCUACUGGGCAGAAAAAACCUCUCACGGGUAAUAAAGAAGACAGAAUACGCCACUAUCAUACGACCGGUAGUAUCUUACGCUUAGAUUUGGAUCCUUGCCAAAAAAAAAAAAGCAGAGGACCUUCUCAAAUACAUGCAAGAGGAAAAUCCUCAGAAAAAUAUGUGGCAAAGUGAUAGAAAAAUGAUGUCUGGAGAAAUCGUACAAAGAGCUAUACCAAUUCUACUAAGACACAGCCAUAAUCGCAACAAUAAAAAAAGGCAGACUGCGCUGGGAAGGACAUAUUGAAAAGAUAACGGAAAAUAGUAAAGCACACACGUGAUAUACAAGUAGAAAACUAGGGGCAGACGACUCGCCGGUAGCCCAAGGCUGAGAUGGAUCGAAGAUGCAGAGAAGAAUUAACACACUGACUGUUAGGGGAUCGCGCAUGGAGGCAGAAAGCCGUGGAUCGUUCCAAAUGGAAGUAUGUGGUGGAGCUGGCCAGGGCACUAAUUUAUCAACAGUUGAGCAGCUCGACUGCUUCUUUCUCGGAAUCGUGAAGUGUUUCCCUUGAAAAACGUCACGCCGCCAUCUUAACACUAAAGAGUAUGUACUUUAAAAGAUUCAUUAAUAAUUGUUAUAAUUUUCAAAGAGCAGUUUCAAAUCAUUCACCUAAUAUUCUUUGAGACCUUGGAAACGGUUGUGUCUCUUGACUACUUUAGAUAGAUACCGGUAUUCCCAUCAUGUCAUGAAGUCCUCAUCAUGGUCCUCUUACGUUCAUAUACCUUGCAAGCGACAUAUCCGGGUCAAUCUCAAUUGACAUGGAGAUAAACUACAGGAUCGCCAAGUCAGUUAGGCUGAAAUAAAAACCUAAGGGUCUUGAAAGAUACAAUCAAUGAAUAUGAAUAACGGUCUUUAGGACUUCAUGCUCAAUACACCGCCCAUAACAUUAACGUUACACUCACAACGGUCUAAUACGGACCAUCCUGCAGCAAGGACGCGUGGGACAUUAGUAGCUAUAUAAGGUCCACUCAAGUCGUAAAUGAGGCGCGCCUGCAGGCUUAGUUAACAUGUCUUAAUUCGCCAUAAAGUAAUAGUCUGCUGGCAUUGGUGGCUUUAUUAAGAAAGGGGCAAUAACUGUUUUGUUACUUUUGUAAUUAAUGUUUAAAUUAGUAUUCUCCCCUUGGUGCCUUGUGCUUUAAAGCUUUUAGAAAAUGAAUUGUCUUUUAACGAGUGGUUCUCAUUAUGUGAGGGUCUCUUUUUGUUUGUAUUUAAAACUUAAUUAGUAUUAUCCCUUUGUUAUUUUUUAAUUUUUUAACUUUUGAAAAUAUUGGUUUAUAGUAGACUAGACAAAUUUCAUCUUGUACAAACCAUCUUGAUGUUUUUUUUAACGAGGGGUUCUCAAGGCGGUGGGGGUCAUUGUGUGUUAAUUUAUUUUUUGUUAUAUUUUUUAAAUACAUUUUCUUGUGGUUGAACUAUUUUAUAUUGAGUGAUCUGAAAGUGUAUGGGGGGUGGGGGGUGGGGGGGUGGGGGGGAUUCAUGUUGUGUAUUUUCUAUUGAGUGGUCCUCACUUCUUAUAGUUUCUUAAUUGUGUUGUUGUUGUUUUUUUAAAUCUUAUUGACAAAUAUUGGUUUGUAGUAGACUAAUUAUAUCUUGUAAUAGGAUGUUUUUUAACGAGUGAUUCUUAAGAGGGUGGAGGUCAUUUUGUCUUUAUUUAUUUUUUAGAAUAUUUUUUAAUAAUUUUUUUUGUAAGUUAAUUAUUUUAUUUCUAGUGUUUCUUAAAGUGUAUGGGGGGGGGUGUCCUGUUGUGUAUUUUCUAUUGAGUGGUUCUCACUUCUUGUAGUUUUCCUAAUCGUUGUCUUGUAUUUUUAUCUUAUUGACAAGAGUUGAUUUGUAGUAGACUACAUUUAUCAUGUUAAAAGGUUAGUUUGUUAACGAGUUCUUCUCAAGAGAUGGGUGCCAUGUUGUCUUUUAUUUUUUUGUUCUUAUAUUUUAAAAUAAAUUUUCUUGUAGUUUAAUAAUUUUAUUUUGAGUGAUUGUUAAAGUGUGGGGGAGUCUUGUUGUGUAUUUUCUUUUGAGUGGUUCUCACUUCUUAUAGUUUUUUUCGUAAAGACAACUUAGAAAUAUAAAACAAAGCGAUAGCGUAUAGUUUGUAUAGUAUUCCUAUGGGUUGGCUGUAGCAGUAGUAUAUUGGCUUUUUAAAAAAAAUUGGUUUAAUGACUCUCGAGUUUGAGUUAGGGGUCAGUAGUCCUGAUGGAUGUUUUUAAUCUACGUCUUUUCUAUUUCGAGGACCAAUUUUAUGGCUAAUUAAUAAUUUUGUAGUGUGUAUUUUAAAUACGUAUUCUAAGUGAAUUAUAUUUUGAGGGGUAACCAAGAUUGGGUAAAGAAUCGUUAGACAUUUAGACAUAAGGGCGGGUGUUUUUAUUAUUUUUAGAGAUUGUUUUUAUGGUGUGAUAGCUUAAAUCUUGGGGCGUUUGAAACAUCUGAUUUGCGAUUUAAAGUUUAGCUCUGAUGAAAUUCAUACAAUUCCUCUUUAUUUGAUUUUAGUGGGAAUGUUCAAUUUGAAAUUUUAAAACUAUAAAUGUGCAUUUAAUUUCGCAAAAUAAAAAACAAAAUUAAAUGUGCAUUUAAUUUCGCAAAAUGAAAAAAAAAUCUAUAAAUGUGAUUACGAAUUUAUAAUAGAUUUGAAUAGAUUAUUAUUCAUUGAUAAUAAAAAUAAUAUUUGAACCUUCUAAUCAGGGGCGACGCCAUCAAAUUUAACAUGGCAGGUCCCAUGCAUGUCUUAAAAAAAAAUUUUGCGGGUCCCAAAUAAAUGUAUUAAAAAUAAAAUUUAUUUAUCAAGUAAUAUUUAUUAAUCUACUAACUUAACCCAAAGUUUACAUGCAUUGUCAAUUUUCAUAAUAAAUUUAUUUGAAUGUAUCAAAUUUCGCGAUAUUUUUGCGUACGUAAUAUAUGGAUGGCCUCUUACAAGUUACAAACUAAAAUUCUAUAUAUAUUACAUUUUAUGACGUUAUAUUGACUUUUGUUGUGGAUAACAAUUUAAACAUAUAAAGGCAUUUAAAAUGGAAGUCCUCUUACAUGUAAUGUAGUUUACGCUUAAUGAGCAUAUAUACAAUAUUAGUAACUAAUAAAAAUUGACCAGGUCAUUUGCCAGGUCCCAAGUUUUGUUUACCAGGUCCUGGGACCCGGCGGGACCUGGUGUAGCGUCGCCACUGCUUCUAAUUUAGAUGAAAUAGUUAUCUCAUUGUCAUAUUAAUGUGUUUCAUGAAUAGAAUAAUAAUUAUAAGACAUGUAAUUAAGUUAGAGGGAUUUCUUUCUUCUUUCUUUGUAAACUUAAUAAGAAAAUCUGUCACAAUCUAUUCUUGAAUGUUCAUAACUUGCCGUUUAUUGUUUUGUUUUUUUAGUUUAUAUUUAAUGUACACAAUAAAAAUUAUUUAUUGAAAAAGCCAUGUUUCAUACUGCUAGUACGUGCAUUUUUAUCUAUUUAAAACCAGAAAAAAAUGUUGAUGCUGUUUUUAAUCGGUAACAUCGGCUCUCUGAACAGUCAAGGUAAGUGUCGUUUUUUUUUCUCCAAGAAAUAUCAAUGAAGUCAAAAGUGUUCAGUUAUAUCAACUGAAAUGUUCAUUUUUUAUAAACUCAGUUAUGAUAAAUGUAUUUGUCAAUUAUUAUAAAAUUAUAUUGUGCAUUAUGCUAAAAGUAGUUGUUUAUUAUUAUAAACUAUUGUUCAAAAUUAUAGAAUCUGUUGUUAUUUAGUAUAAACUAAAGUUUUUGUCAUGACAAGCUUAAGAGAGAGUUAAAAAAGGUUAAUAUAAAAUUAUUAAAAUGUGUUAGACUGCGAUAAAGCUUUAAAACAGAUUAAGUAAAUACGAACAAUUUGUGUCAAUAUAACAAUAUAAGUUAAGCUUUUAACUUAUCACCCUCACAAUCUGAUUGCUAAACGUGUUUUCCUUAAAAAUCGAUCUAUACUACUCGCAGACACCGACCCACGAGAAAUUUUCUCUUCACCACCUCUCAUUGUUUUCAGACGGGAUAAAAAUCUGAGAGACCUGCUUGUACGCAGUCGUAUCAAUGCUCCCCCCUCCCACUUUGGGACCAAGUGGUGUGGACGCAGUCGUUGCAACACGUGCCCUUUUGUGCCCUUCAAUAGUAGCGACCACCAGGGCAAGGUGGACUUUUCAAUAAGUGCGAUUGUGGAUAGCACGAAAACCGCAAGACGGGUCAAUUUGGAACACAGACUUAUCCUGACGUAAGGCACUUUGACGCCAGAUGGAAAUAAUGUUAUGUCUCUGUUCACAGCUUGACCCUAGCUCCGCCCCUCCACGUUCUGACCUAUCACAGUGAACAUUUUUCUCCCCCUUUUUUCGCCGCUGCUUAUUUAAACUCUCACUUAUUUUCCCUCUGACACACUUCUAUUGUUGCCCACAGAUACUACUUACCAGCUAAGUGCUAUUUCUUAUUUUUAUUUUUAUAUCGUUUUUUCUGUUGUUUUGUUCACUGACGAAGGCUUUCUGCCGACACGUUAGCUGUUUUUGUUGCGUUUAUUUUUUCAGGUUUAACCCUACUCUGUUUUACUCAUUUUAUUUUGUACUAACCUGAUUGCAGUCUCUCCCCUUAUUACCCCUCAAUAAAUCUCAGGCGCGGUCGUCCAAUAUGUCUUGUCCCCUCUGCCAACUAAUCUUUGGGAUAUGUCCUUCCUCCAUUCUCCUUACAUGACCUAACCAGCGAAGGCGUCUCUUGAUAAGAAAGGAGAAUAUGCUUUAAUAAUAAUUUUAAAUAAUACACAAGUAUCAAUUUCGGCACAAGCCUUCAUCAAAGCAACCACAAAAAAAAAAAUAAUUAAAUAAGUAUAAAUUAAAUUUACAUAAUAUACAGGGUGGACCAAUAAAAGUGAGAACAUCUCGUAAAAUAUUACGCUACAAAAUGUUCUCACUUUUCUUGGCCCACCCUGUAUAUAUAUAUAUUCAUUUAUCCUAACAAAAAAAGUGAAGAAAAAAAUAGGAGUAAAGAAGGAUGGAAAAAAAAAAAGUGACUUAGAGUGAAAUGUAACAAAAACCAAACCGGAAAAACACAUGGCAGUUUCGUAAAAUUGUAGAUUUGGUUUAUCCCGAAUCGAGUCAACGUACCAAAUCUUGUUAUUAUUAAAGCUUAACUUAUAUUGUUAUAUUGACACUAUUAAUCACUAGUAUUUUUUUAUAUCUUUGUUCUUCACCAUAUAAAAACAAUUUAAAAAAAAACAACAAAUCUGAAUGACUGGGCUCUCUUAAUCUAUUUUAGAAAAAAAAAUUAGUUGAUGUUUCUGCUUAAUCCUUUUAAGAGCCACAUAAAAAUAGUUAAAUGACUUUAUCUCGAAAUAAAUUAUAAUUCUUGUCUUUUUAAAAGCAACAGUUGUUCUCAUUUUCAUCUAUAUUUUAAUCUAUAAAUAAAGAUAUCGGUCUGGAUACGAUUCCUACAAUAACAACUUCAAAUUUAUGUAAACCAAAAAUUAUAUGUUGCAUUAGAGUCUCAUGUGAGGGUAGCAGUCAUUGUCUUUUUUUUCCCCGCACCUAUUCAAAACCGUGACCCUGAUAUGUGUUUAGAUCUUACCAGUGGCUAACACUGAAAGCCUAUAUAUGUAUUUUUUUUUUAAAAUAUCGUGUAUUUUCAGAAACAAAUCCGUGCAAAUAUAUGAAGAAUGGAGUAGCUGUUCACCCUGAAACCUGUAGCAAAUACUAUCAAUGCAAAAAUAACAAAGGAACCGAAAGAGAAUGCAAACACGGUGAAGUCUUUACUCCAAAGGUAAAAAAAAAAAAAAAAAAAAAAAAAAAAAAAAAAAAAAAAAAAAAUAAAAAAAAAAAAAAAAAAAAAAAAAAAAAAAAACAAAAAAAAAAAAGGAACCAAAAAAAAAAGAAAAAACGGUAAAGUUUUUAAUCAAAAGGAAAAAAAAAAAAAAAAAAAAAAAAAAAAAAAAAGAAAAAGCAACAUUUAUAUUUAGAAGAUAUAUUUAAAUAUAAAAGCCAUAUUCCCUUUAUCGAAAGACUCACUGACCCGCCGGUCACCAGAUCUCACGAGCAACGAGCGUAUUCCAGUUGAAAUGUUUCAUCGUUUUUAAAGAAUUAUAUGACAUGUUUUUUUGUUUUUUUUAACAGAGCUUUCUGUAAAGCAAGAAACGCAAAACAAUUAUCGAACUUUCAGAUUGUACCAUGCACAACAAUAAAUGUAGAAUUAUGAAGCCGCACUGGAUUAAAUCCCCUCCAUGACAGACGAAGAGACGACUUUGCAGUAGUCAUUGAUUACUACGCUGGUGCGACGCACACAGGCAUUAAUGCAUUCCUAGGCAAGUCCUCAAACGUGAAACCAAAUGUUCCUUGAAUCCUCACAUGACCCUGUCUGUGUCGGGAAGCGGGGUACGUUUGCCGUGACAUAAGAGAAGGCAACAUGGUUACACUGUAAAACAAUUUCUCUACUUUUCCUCAGCUGCAAAGGGCUGUCACCCGCGAUUCCAGGGUGUUGCUAACAGCAUCUACCCAGUGUUUAGUUGUUGUUUCCAGCGCGGUCGUUCAAUUGUAGGCCUGAUUAUUUUUUGCUACGCCAGGUUCAUGAUGCGUUUGGUGAACAGCACAUACCACCUGUUGUUUCGGUAAUUAGUCUCCCUUUCGGUCGUCAUGUUUCAGAUGUCUUAACAACAUUUUACAACAUGAGUCGCCUGCAUAGUUGCGUUUCGGUGAUGGUGAAUUUUGAUUACUGCUUUCUACAAAUCAUUUUGAUGUGUUGAAUAUUCAAUCCUCAAUACUUCAAACAUAAUGUUAAAUUAUUUGUCGAGACACAUAAACUUAUUUGUUGCUUCCCAUUCGGUAGCUUAGAGGAUGAGGAAAAUUUUAACUUUUAAUGAUUCGAUGCUACGUUUAUUUUGAUUAGAGUCGAUUCCCUCCAAGUAUUGUUGUAUUCAUUAAUAUUUUUUUUACAAAUUCCCCAACCAUCAGAGCAAAACGUGCGUUAAGGAAAGUAAAUACCAGUGUCCGAUAACAACGACUACCACUACAACAACCACCGAACCAGCUACCACAGGUGAUUUUCCUAUUCCUUUACAUUUAUCUACAACGUCUUGUUCUCAUGCUCAGUUUAAUUUAUUGGUAGCGAUAUUUUAAAGGUUCUUUGAUAAAACAGGAUAACAAUGAAAAAUUCAAUGAUCUCAACAAGUCAUCAUGACAUUUUAUUUAAAAUAAUACACGUGAGACAUCGGGAGACGAAUUGGGGGGGGGGGGGGGGCGGAGGAAUUAUCAUGACAUGAAUUUCACAUUUACUACCAAUAACCCGUGGGAAAACAACUUCGUAGAAACACGCAAAUCCAAAACAAAUAAUAACUAACACUUUGCCCGACGAGAAAGCAUACAACCACAAAAUACUGCGAAUGUCGGUGAUUUUAAGUCCCGUCCCCUUCCAUCGGGAUGGCCAAAAAACAAUUCAACAACGCUGACAAGAGGAUAAAAUAAAUCGCUAUGUCGAAAAAUAAACAUACACUCUUAGGGUCCGAGCUCAUUUCACUCUCAUCAAACCAGACCCCCUCCCCGUACUCUCUUCAGAAUUAAUAGUGUACAUAUACAGCAAUGUCUUGUGUUGGACGCACGAGGUCAGAUAUCCCUGACCACAUUCUCAUGGCGCGAACAACACCGAGUAAAAAAAUAUUUUUUUUUAAAAACAAUGACGCUGUGGAAUAAAAGAAAAUGAUAACCCUUUUUAAAUAAUGUUUACAAAUCAAGAAGCGAUGUAGUACUUUGUAACAUCACGCAAAACAAAACCACAGAUGAUGUCUGCGAAUAGAUCCUCGAUGUAGUACUUUGUGACAUCACGCAAAACAAAACCACAGAUGAUGUCUGCGAAUAGAUGCUCGAUUUAGUACUUUUUAACAUCACCCACAACAAAACCACAGAUGAUGUCUGCAAAUAGAUCCUCGAUGUAGUACUUUGUAACAUCACGCAAAACAAAACCACAGAUGAUGUCUGCGAAUAGAUCCUCGAUGUAGUACUUUGUAACAUCACCCACAACAAAACCACAGAUGUCUGCGAAUAGAUCCUCGGUGUACUACUUUGUAACAUCACCCACAACAAAACCACAGAUGAUGUCUGCGAAUAGAUCCUCGGUGUACUACUUUGUAACAUCACCCACAACAAAACCACAGAUGAUGUCUGCGAAUAGAUCCUCGGUGUAGUACUUUGUAACAUCACCCACAACAAAACCACAGAUGAUGUCUGCGAAUAGAUCCUCGGUGUAGUACUUUGUAACAUCACCCACAACAAAACCACAGAUGAUGUCUGCGAAUAGAUCCUCGAUGUAGUACUUUGUAACAUCACCCACAACAAAACCACAGAUGAUGUCUGCGAAUAGAUCCUCGAUGUAGUACUUUGUAACAUCACGCAAAACAAAACCACAGAUGAUGUCUGCGAAUAGAUGCUCGAUUUAGUACUUUGUAACAUCACCCGCAACAAAACCACAGAUGAUGUCUGCGAAUAGAUCCUCGAUGUAGUACUUUGUGACAUCACUCACAACAAAACCACAGAUGAUGUCUGCGAAUAGAUCCUCGAUGUAGUACUUUGUAACAUCACCCACACCAAAACCACAGAUGAUGUCUGCGAAUAGAUCCUCGGUGUAGUACUUUGUAACAUCACGCAAAACAAAACCACAGAUUAUGUCUGCGAAUAGAUCCUCGGUGUAGUACUUUGUAACAUCACCCACAACAAAACCACAGAUGAUGUCUGCGAAUAGAUCCUCGGUGUAGUACUUUGUAACAUCACGCAAAACAAAACCACAGAUGAUGUCUGCGAAUAGAUCCUCGGUGUAGUACUUUGUAACAUCACCCACAACAAAACCACAGAUGAUGUCUGCGAAUAGAUCCUCGGUGUAGUACUUUGUAACAUCACCCACAACAAAACCACAGAUGAUGUCUGCGAAUAGAUCCUCGGUGUAGUACUUUGUAACAUCACCCACAACAAAACCACAGAUGAUGUCUGCGAAUAGAUCCUCGGUGUAGUACUUUGUAACAUCACGCAAAACAAAACCACAGAUGAUGUCUGCGAAUAGAUGCUCGAUGUAGUACUUUGUAACAUCACCCACAACAAAACCACAGAUGAUGUCUGCGAAUAGAUGCUCGAUGUAGUACUUUAUAACAUCACCCACAACAAAACCACAGAUGAUGUCUGCGAAUAGAUCCUUAAUUUGAUAUUUAGAAGCUACCUCUCUAUGAAGCUAAUUGGAAUACAACAUCAACUACAUACAAUGAGUAAGACAAAGUAGGGUUAAACCUGAGAAAAGGAACGCAACAAAACAACGAACGUGUCGGCAGAAAGCCUUCGUCAGCGAACAAAACAACAACAAAAAAUGGUAUAUCCAAAAAAAGUUGCACUUAGCUUAGAUGUAAAAAUAUAGCACAAAGUAUAAAACACAGGAACUGCGAGAACAUAUUUAGAAAAUAAUCCAAUUGUUGGGGAAAACAAAUCUAUCAGAAUAUAGCAAAAACGAAAAAUAAAUAUGCAGAGAUAACUGGUAUGCUGGUAAAUUUAGGCACUUUCAGGGAAAUAAGUCCUAUUUGAUUUUAUAAACAAUCCUGGGCAAAAAAACAAAAAAACCUUUAAAAAAUUUGAAAAUUCUAACACUGGACAAUGGUAAAAAGGAAAUGAUGUGAAUAUUGAUUAAAAGCUAUUGACCGAUAUCCCGGGAUCCCUUAAACUAGAAAACCUAAGGAGAGAGCAUUAUCAAAACUCGUCUCUAUUGGUGGCUAAAAACAAUUAGCUCUCUCAAUAAAUGCCAAGAUUGCUCCAGAGCUGGACAGUGUACGGACGAACAAUUUCGCCUGAACAAAGGAUGUUAAAUGGUCCCCAAACACACAAAAAACAAACAAACAAAACAACUAAAAUAGAAUAAUAAUAUACGCAGCAGUCUUUAUUGAUCUCAAGCAGGUUAUGAUAGAGACUGGGUAAAUAGAGUCUGGGGGAAUAGAGUCUGGGUCAAUAUAGUCUGAGUCAAUAGAGUCUGGGUGAAUAUUGUCUGGGUCAAUAGGGUCUGGGUGAAUAGAAUCUGGAUUAUAGAGUAUGGGUGAAGAAAGCCUGGGUGAAUAGAGUCUGAGUGUAUAGAGUCUGGGUGAAUAGAGUCUGGGUGAAUAGAGUCUGGGUGAAUAGAGUCUGGGUAAAUAGAGUACGGGGUAACGUAUUGUUCUGUGAAACAAACGGUCAAGGCUGCUUAUCAAGAUGUACCCAUUAUUAACUUUCUUUAUCACUGCUCGUACUAUCUUCUCCAAAAAAAAAAACCCAAUGUUAUUUCAUCAAGACCUCAUGGGAGAAGUUCUCUUAAUAGUUUUUGUUAAUGAUUUGCGCCCUAUUCUUAACUUUAUCAAAAACUUACCGCACGAGAUACAGGAAGAGAAGGCACUAUUUAGUAAAUGGUUUUACUUACAAGAAACCAUUAUUUGUUCUUUUUAAUCCAUUUGUAAUUUAUAAAACACUUAAACAUAUGUGAAAUAAAUGCUGUAUCUUUUAUUUUAAGCACAUUUAAUUUACUUGAUGCCCUUAAAAUAAUAGAAAUAAUACCAUCAUUAAAAUCCGAACAUAUUUAAAUUCAAUCGUUUCUUUAGCGUUAUAUGGUCAGCUAAGCUUAUUCUAAUAUAUAUUUUUACCAUAAGAUUAUACGAAAUAUAAUCACGUAAAUACAAUUUUUUUCCACUUCACUUCAAUUAUAGUACAGAUUUAUUCUUAGCCGACAUCAAAAUCUUCAGCUUUUUGUCAACGUUGCCAUAGUUUCCCGUGUCUUUAAAAAAAAAAUCGAUUUUAUUUGUGGUCGGUAUUUCUGUGACACUGUGAGCAUCUUCCACUUUUUUGGCUCUUCUGAUGCUCCAGUGAUGCCCACAUAAUUCCCCAUUGAUGCCCACAUGAUGCCCCAGUGAUGCCCAGAUGAUGCCCCAGGGAUGCCCACAUGAUGCUGUGCAGUGAGCUGGUUGCUUGCUUUUCCAACAUGUUUGGGAUUUGUCAGUUCCAUUCCUUAAAUAGGAAUCGAUUGCUCCAAAUUAUUAUUAGGUUGGGUUGGACACGUUAUUUUUCAACAUCCAAAGCUUCCAUGAAACAUGUAGUUCUUGCCAUAUGUACAGGUUCAUAAAAGUCUCUGUGGCCAUCUAGACACACUUCUGACUCAUUGUUAAUCUCUUGCAAACGUGUAUGCAUCAUCAACAACCCCGUUGGUGCAGUAUUACCCAAAUGUCAUUAUUGUUUUACUUUCUAUUGACUUAAAACAAUCCCCUGUUCAGCUAAAGCACGACCGUCACAUGACUCAAUGGAACACAAAGCAUGGCUCAAAGACCACUUUCGUUAAGAUUGCCUCGAGGUGUCGGUGGCAGGUGCCCGACAACGAAAGCUACCUACGCGGACUCGACCCACUUAGGGAUCCUAACUGACGACCUCAUAACAUAGCCGCUUAAACCUAAACGCAGACUUAUUUGAUACCAACUUCGGUUGUGACAGACAGACCCGGAAACCCGUUUUAAUCGUUUAUUUUAUGGUGACGCCCGGUUGAUGAGUCUUGUCAGUGAUGUGCUAACAAGGGUUGUAAGUGCUUGUGGUUAUCUGACUAAUGAUACAUUAGUGAGGGGUAUCUUUCGUAUGAGAUCUCCUCUUGGCACUCAGUCUAGGUAUUCUUUUAUUAAGCCAAAUUACCACAAAGACAAAAUAUCCUAUCUAUAUACAUAUGGUAUAGACUGAAACAAAGUGUUUGUUAAAGGAGAAAAUAACUACAAGUAUUUAUUGAAUAAUAAAAUUUACAUAUUCCUCCGUAAUACACUCUUGGUAAUUAAUAUAUAUACAUCAAAUGGAAGUUAUCCAAUUAGAAAGGUGAAUCAAUACAAUGCAUGCGUCCCUAACAUACUGGCGGUAUCGUCAUUAUUUGUGCUAUAUUGCUAAAGGUUCUAUGCUCAAUCUUUGUGGACGUAGCCUUUAUAGUUUCACUGAGGAUCUCAGUGGAUCACAAAGUGGGGGAGUUCCUUCUGUUCCAGAAGCGUGUCUCUGUUCCGGUCUUUGGAGCUGUUCCAAGCGUAUCGAAGUUGGAGUUCCCGGUCACAGAUUCCGUGGGAUCUCUGCAAUGGGAAUGAUGACUCUCCAGCGAUAAAUCACGGCAAUAAGAGUCUCUGGAUAUCUAAGUCCUUCUAGUAGCUCUCAUGUCAAAUGUAGUUUUGUGUAGGACGUAAAUCUAUCUCCUAGUUCUAGCUUCAAGGAAGUCGGUCCAGUAAUAGAAACCAGGUUAAAGGCAAAUGAUACAAAAAUUGAUAAGUAUCCAAGCAAAUCAUCAUAAGCUGAUAAGUCCCGUUCAAACAGCAACGAAUUCAGAUCGAUGUAUGGAAGGUGACAUAGCUUGUACAUAUACAUCCAAUUUGUGGCUGGAUUUAUAAGUCUGAUCAUUGUCGGCGUAAGCAUAUGUUGCUUCGCGACAGUGUUGGAUCAAGCAAGCAUUUUAAUUCAUGAAGUAUGGGACAUUGAAUCAUUAACAACCACUAAAUUUAUAGGUACAUAAUAUUCGUAUUGUCUUUUCGUUAAAAAAGACAUGGGCGAUUUGGAACAACAACCUACCCUCCUCAUGAUAGCUUGGUUGUGUGUCAUAGCCCGCGGUAAAGGCAAAUUAUCAUGCAUAAUAUAUAUGAUAUAAUAUAGGCAAUAUAAGAAUAAAAUCAAACACAUCGAAUCCUUGCUACAUAGUCAAAUGAUCAACGCAAGUGCAAUAAAAUAAUAUCAAAAUCAUGGUUGCGUACUUACUAGUACUCUAGGUAGCAGUCGCAGUUAAUGAUCACGCUAAUGAAUCGUAAAUCUAGUUAAUUAAAGUGUCCACAGUCAAGUGAUCAGAUCUUAAAAGACGUAUACUUGCUAGUAUCCUAGGUUGCGGUUAUGUAUCACGCUAAUGAAGUCCCACGUCCAGUUACUCCCAGCGUCAACGGUCAAGUGAUCAGAUCGUAAAAGACAUAUUCUUGCUUGUUCUGGCUAUUUAUUCGUAUUGGGUGAUUAUUCAAUUGGGUUGUUUACAUGUUGUUUGUUUUCCAAUCCAAUGAUAAUCCCUUUCGAAGUUGCUGGUUUUAUCUUCUACCCUCACAAUUUAUCGGGGUGAGGUGGAGAAGCCAAAUCCAAAUUAGGCGUGAGCUUUCUGGUGUUGAAAUGCAAUAACAAGGGACGCUACUCCGCUUUGCUGCCUCCAGGGUAAAACUGAGGGGAGGCAGGGUAUUAUUUUCUCAAGGUUCAUCGGUGAGAGGGGUUGAACACAAAAUCCACGCUUUUGGAGUGUGCGGUCUGGUCUAGGAAUGCGAUAACACCAAGGGAAAUCACUCGGGCUAUGCUACUGCGGGGCAAACUGAGGGGAGGUAAGGGUUUUAUUUUGCAAGAGUUUCCAAGGGCGGAUAUACGGUAGAAGAAUUUUAAAAAAGUCCAGCAUCAGAUCUUCACAGUGUCGAGGCUCUGUCUUACAAGAAAAUAAAACAAGUAUACUGUGAUUUAGAUUCAAACGAAAAUUUAAAAAAAAAAAAUUGUUUUUGAAGAAGAUACAAAAAUACAAAAUACAACAUCAACUUAAAGAAAGGACGCAGUUUGGAAAAAAAAAGCUUAUUUUUUAAUAAUGCAGAAAAAAUAACUUAUACCAAUGUUGCUAGAGCCUUUACACGUUAUUAACCCAGUUUCGCAAUGUUACUUUUAUAUAGUUCAAAUAUUAAUUUAGUAAAGGUGUAUACUGUUCCCACUUACAGGGUAAGCGGGAAAGAUAAAAAUGUAAUGGUGAUAUUUGAAAGAUGACAAAUAGAGAGAUAGUGGUGUUGGAUUAUCGAAAGGGAAAGAGUGUUAAAAGUGGGGAAAGACUAGUUAAGGAGAGUAAAAAGGAAGAAAUAACAUACGAUUUUCUGAUAGUAAUCUAGUGUCCUAAUUUCUAGUAAGAGUUUGCAUAAGGAGUUGGUGGAAAAAAAUAUGUUAAACAUUGAAAUGUAAUUCAUUUUUGAAUAUUUUUCAACAGAAUGUUGGCCCCAUGAAGAAAGUCUCGAACAGUUCACUUUGCAUGAAUUUGAAGGAUCUUCUUACUACAUCUCCAUUGAUGAUUACACAACGGACGAUGCCGCGGCCCAGAUGUGUGAGGCGAUAUGUGGAUACCUCGUCGAGGUGGAUAGCCAGGAGGAAGAAGAUCAGGUGCGGUCCAUAAUGGAAAUGUAUGACACAGCUGGUCUACUCAUAGCAGGGACAGACAAGUACGAGGAGGGAGUCUGGGAGAUAGCUAGAGACAGAAGCCCCGUAAACUACCUAAAUUGGCACAGUGGAGAGCCAAACGACUAUGGCCAGAAUGAAGACUGCAUGUGCUUCAUUAAAGGUUACGGUGGCCUUUACGAUUGCCCAUGCACUGCGGUUCAAUAUUGGCAAUAUAAGGUUGCAUGUGAAGUUAAUUUAAAUGAAAAUGAAGAAUAAAUGAGGACUCAAUU